AUGACAAACAUUUUAUGGGAAGACAGUAUUUUAGAUUGUUUAACAGCAGCAAAUGAACUAAUUCUUCCAAAAUUAGCAGAAUUUAUUGAAUCAUAUCUUGUUAAAAAACAUUCAUCAUGGAUAAAAGAACAUCCAAUUGAGACAUUAACCAUAGCAUUUCAAAAUGAUGAUUGGAAAAGCCUUCAAGAAUUUUGUAUUUUAGCAAUAUGUAAACAACCUUGGAUGUUAUUUGAAUCAACAAAAUUUUAUCAAUUAGAUGAAUCAAUCCUUUUACAAAUUAUUAAAAGAGACGAACUCCAAAUGAAAGAAUCAGAAAUUUGGCAUAAUAUUGUGAUAUGGGGAACAAUGCAAGAUUCUAACUUGCCUGAUGGAAUGGAAAAUUGGAAACAAAGAGAUUUUGAUAGUUUGGAAAGGAUUUUACAUAAUUUCAUACCUUUUAUUCGAUUCUUUCAUAUGACCACCAAGGAAUUUGAUAAUAAAGUGUCUCCUUACAGACCAAUAUUCCCAAAUGAAUUAUAUGAAGAUAUUUUAUGGCAUUUUAUUAAACCUGAUCGACCUAAAAAGAAUCCUAUUCCUCCUAAAAGACAUCAUCCUUAUUCCAGAGAUAUUGUUAAUACAACUAGAGAUACUAAUACAUCUCAUAUUUCUGUAAUCAAGUCUAUUGCUGACUUAUUUAAUUUUAAGUCAAGAACAAAUGUAAUAGUUAGAGAGGUUGAUCCAGAAUUAGUCGAAGCUGAAUAUGUUGAAUUCACUUUUCGAGAUCAAUAUAUAGGUAGAAGUGAUAUGUGGAGACUUAGACUUAGUUUAAACGACACUUGUGUUUAUGUCGGUAAAAGAAUUGAGUUUGCUGGGUGCAUACGUGCUCAAAUAAAAAGAAUUUUUGUUAAAGGUGAACAGGUUUCAUGUGGAUACGUAACAGAUAAUACUAAACCAAUUUUUAGAUCGGAAUCUGCAAAACUUUUUAUAUUUGUUCAAAUGUCAAGGGAAAUGUGGGAAUUUGAUGAUGAUGGUGAACUGUUUUUUGAGAAAGCUGUUGAUGGAUUUUUCACUGAAUUAUUUCAUAAUUGGAAACUGUUGGGUACAAAUCAUGUUAUUUCAAUUGUAUUGUUUUCCAGAAUUUUUUAUGAUAAUGAUGAUUUGGAAAAUGAUCCAAAUCUGAAAGAUGAUCCUUCGUUAAGAGAGGAUUAUGAGUCUAGGCAUUGUAAAGAUUUUUAUAAAGUUAUAGUGGAUUGGGAAACAAAAUCUGAUUGGUCAACUACAUUGGUUUCUUUAAAAGAAGAAUUGUUAAGUUAUCAACGGAAUAUUCUGUUAAGGGAAAAACAUUGUCCAGAUGGUGGAAAUUACCAAAUACUAUUAGGCAAGAAUUCUUAUGCGUUCGAAGGAAAUAUCUUGGAAGCUAUUAAUUUAGCAUUGAAUCCUUUUGAUAAACAUUAUGUCGACAGAGAUUUGCUUAGAACAGGUUUAUCAAUAGUAAUAGUUACACCAGGAUGCGGCAGAUUUGACGUAGAUAAAAAAUUAUUGAGAAUAACAACUGAAAGAAUGAUAGAUAACGGUAUUGGAAUGGAUUUAGUAUGCUUGUCAAAAAUACCUUUACACACUGUUCCAUUAUUUAAAUUCAAGUCAAAAGAACUAUUAAAAAUUCCAUCAUCUGAAUUGAAUGAUCAGAAAUCAAUAGGAAAUAUGAAUAAUGGACAUGGUGGAUAUGGUGGUAAUAAUUAUAAUUUAAAUUUAAAUCAUAAUAACAAUAAUUUAAAUUUCAACAAUAAUAAAUCAUUGCAACAAUCUAAAGACAUUAUUAAAUUAGAAUCAAGAGAUCCAUUAAAUUAUGAUGAUGAUAACGAUCCAAAUUAUGUUUAUCAAUCAUAUUAUAAAAAACCAAAUUGGAUUGAUUGUAGUUUCUAUCACAGGAAUCAGGAUAAACCCUUUAAACCUGAUAAGUUUGUUACGAGAUGUAGAAUGUAUGAAAUACAAAUGAUGGGAAUUAUGGAACAUGAAAUAUCAUCAAUCUUAAUUCCAUACUUGAUCGAAAAUAUUGACGCAAAAUUAACCUUAAAACCCAAGAAUAAACCAUUAAAAGAUAAUAUUGAAAAUGACAUGUAUUUAAAAGCAUCAUCUUCACUACACCCUAAUGAUUAUACAAGUCAUAUAAGUAAAUCGCCGGAUCUCUCACAUCCGCGAAAAUCCCAAAAUGAUUAUUUAAUAUCCACUCGAUCGUCAUCGUCAAGAGGUCAUAGUAAUGAACUAUCAAGGAGCUUACCAAAAACAUUAAGUUUUGAUCAUAUAAUGGCGCCUUUUACUCAUUUAGAAUUGAAUCGUCAAAUUCCACAGUUUUUCAAAUCAAAAUUAUCAGGCAUAUCUUUGAAACGAGAUAAAAUUAUAAGAUCCAAUUCGCAAACAUCACACGACGAUAUUAGAACAGAUGAUGACGAUGUUACAGUAAUCACUUCAAGUACAGUCAGGCCAAUUUCCAUAAAAUCACCAACAUCUUCAUCAAGAUAUUUACAAAGAGAUACCCAUCACCGAGAGCUUUCACCCUCACCAACCAGCAGUCAUCAUGAAUCAACUAAAAGUUCAUGUGUAAGUGAGAAGGGAAAAAAUUUUAUUAAACAAUCACCCAGUAAAACAUUACCAACGCGACAAAUUUAUAAACAUAACACCAUUAAUCCAAGUAAUCCGUCAAAAAAUCAAAAUAAACUAUCGAAUUUCAGCUCAUAUUUGAGAAGAUGGGAACAUGUGUUUCCAAAAACUUUGUCAAUCAAUAAAUUAAAAUGGCAAUCUAUUUGUACACCAGCCUGCCUACCCUUGAUGACUGAUUUUUUUCCACCAAUUAGCGAAAUAGAUGCCUACGAUGAAUUCACUUAUACAAUCUCAAUUGAUGAUCCUGAAAUCUUUACACAAGACCAGAAUAUUUCUGAAGAAGCCAGAACUAAAAUAUUAUUGAAAGAAAUGAUUUCACAACGAUUGUCUCAGGGGUAUCAAUUGAUUGUGUCCUCUUUUGCAAGUUUAUCAAACAACUCUAAUAAUAAUGUUAAUAGUGAUUUGACAUCAAAAAAUGUAAUCGAUGAGAUUGUCAGUAUUAAUAUAGAUAAUGUUACAAAAUCAUUGAAUUGGAAAAAUACAACAGUUGGAAAUCAAGUCGAGGAGAAUCAUUCACAAUUAAAACUGUCAAAUUCAUAUUAUCUUAGUAUGGGCAGACAAGUGCAUAAAUUGACAUAUGAUCCAACAGGCCCAUUCGUUGAGGUUAAAAGAUAUGUUAGGAAAAUACAUUACAAAGCCUGUCCAAUACCUUACUUGUGUGUUGUUUGGCCAAAAUGUCAAAAUUUCUAUGAGAAUCGAAAUGUAACGUUUGGGUAUCCUAAUAUAGAUUAUAAAUGGAAUUAUGUGGAUCAAUUGGUAUGUGGUUAUCAGUAUGAUUUGUUGGAGCCAUUGAAGUUUUGGAGGACAAGAUUUAUUCUAAUCCCUUUAGAAAACAAUCCAUCAAUUAAUUCAAAUGAUAAUCUUGAUGAAGAGGAAACAAGAGUCCAGGGAAUUUUUAAAUUUUUGGAAAUGUUUAAAAGAUCAACAUGGACAUCAUCAAUCAUGACACUGGAUCCAUCAGUGUAUAUUAAAUCAUUAGAUGACAUAACAUUUAGACGGCAGUCAGUCCAUCAGGUGGAGGAACACCUUAGUAAAGAUAGUAGCUUGACAUUGAUAGCACAAGCAAUGUUGGAUCCUGUUAACGGAAUCGUGAAGGAUAGACGAUGGCAUUUCAAAACAUAUCCGAAUGCCAUUGUUGGUAACGAGUUUGUUAAUUGGUUGAUUAAAAAUUUUCAUGAUAUUGAGACAAGAGAAAAUGCUGUAGCAUUUGGUAAUAUAUUGCAAGAGAAAGGAUUGUUUGAACAUUGUAAAAAACGGCAUAAAUUCCUUGACGGAUUUUAUUAUUAUCAAUUGAAAGAAGAAUAUACAAGUUUACCAACAGAUAAAGAUGCAAUAACAACACAUCCAUCAUCAUUAUUGGAUAAAGUCAAGCCAACUUUUGAAAUGUCAAGAUCAAUGCAAAUUGACAUUGAUCCAUAUAAAAAAAGCGAUAGAAGAGAGACGGCAAUAUUGCAUUAUGAUAUUUUGCAUAAUCCUGAUAAUGGAUAUCAUUUCCAAUUAAAUUGGUUGGGAUGUACAGCAAGAUUAAUAGAGGAAUUGCUCCAACAAUGGGGUAGGACUGCAGAUAAGUAUGGAUUGAAAUUGGUUGAAGCACCUGUUGAACAAGCAAUGAGUUUAACAGACAGCAAUCCAUUUCAGUCACCAACUCUGAUAAAAUUGUCAGUACAGCCACCAAAACUUGAAUCAAUUGGUAAACAACUACACCCAACCAUCAAUCCUUAUUUGUAUUUUGAAACAAAAUUAAUAAAACAUUUUAAAUUCAUAUUGGAUGUGGAGGCUGACUCGAGAUUUAGUGACGAGAUUGAGAUAAUUUAUUCGUAUCAUAAAACUCCUUAUGAAUACUCGCAGUUUAUUCAUAAAAGUGGAGUGGCAUUUAUACAAAUUUGUGACCCUGGUGAAGGAUAUCUAUGGGUAAAUAAUCGAUUAUUCACAACUCAUUCAACAACUGCCAUCAAUAAAAAUACGAAUUCGACAAAUAUUGCACCCAAUCCUGAUACUUUACUGAGAGAAUUCCAAAAUUUCUGUAAUGAUAAAGAGACAAAAAAGGUAAAUAACGUCGCACCGAUUUAA